AUGAAGACUUUUCACCACAUUUCCUUAACACUCUUGACAACACUUCUAAUCACCUCACUCUCCAAUCUCCAAACUUGUUCCUCAAACAACAACAACAUAAACAUUCAACUAAACGACGAUGUGCUCGGCCUAAUGGUGUUCAAAUCCGAUCUCCAUGACCCUUCAUCUUCGCUCUCAUCAUGGAACGAAGAUGACAUGAAUCCAUGUUCAUGGCAAUACAUAAAAUGCAAUGAACAAGGAAGAGUUUCGGAACUUUCACUAGAUGGAUUAUCCUUAUCAGGUAAAAUAGGAAGAGGACUAGAAAAAUUGCAACACUUACAAGUGUUGCAACUCUCUCACAACAAUUUGAGUGGAACCAUUAGUCCUUCACUCACACUUUCUAGCACACUUGAAAAUCUAAACCUUAGUCAUAACUCAAUCUCGGGUCAAUUACCAAACUCUUUUAUUAACAUGAGUUCGAUCAGAUUCAUCGAUCUCUCGUAUAAUUCAUUCGCAGGACAGAUGUUUGAUGGUUUUUUCCAGGAUUGUUCUUUCCUUAGACGGGUUUCUUUCGCUAUGAACAUGUUUGAAGGACAGAUUCCUAGUACAAUAUCUAAAUGUUCUUUGGUCAAUAGCCUAGAUUUUUCGAAUAAUCACUUUAGUGGAAAUGUUGAUUUUUCGAGGGUUUGGUUAUUGAGUAGGCUUAGGAAUUUGGAUCUAUCAAACAAUGCUUUAUCUGGAAACUUGGUUGAUGGUGUUUCAAAUUUGCAUAACUUGAAAGAGUUGUUGCUGCAGAAUAAUCAGUUUUCAGGUGAAUUACCAAAGGAUGUUGGAUUUUGUGUUCAUUUGGAUAGAAUUGAUUUUGGUAAUAAUCAGUUUAGUGGUGAAUUGCCUGGAUCAUUUGGGAGAUUAAGCUAUUUGAGAUAUUUUAGGGUUUCAGAUAAUCACUUAUUUGGUGAGUUUCCUCAAUGGAUUGGUAACUUGAUUAGUUUGGAGCAUUUCGACUUAUCUAAUAAUCAAUUCUAUGGAAACAUUCCUUUGUCAUUGGUUUCAUGCAUCAAGUUAUCUAAGAUUUUUCUUAGAGGGAAUGGUUUCAAUGGUACUAUACCUGAGGGCUUGUUUGGAUUAGGGUUAGAGGAAAUCGAUUUUUCGCGUAAUGGACUAAUCGGUUCGGUUCCGGCUGGAUCAAACAGGUUGUUAGAAACUCUUACAAAGUUGGAUCUUUCGGUUAAUCGGUUAAAAGGGAAUGUUCCUGCUGAAAUCGGGCUGCUUUCGAAGCUGAGAUACUUGAAUUUUUCUUGGAAUGAUCUUGGUUCUGAGAUUCCACCGGAAUUCGGUCUACUUCAGAAUCUAGAGGUUUUGGAUCUGCGUAAUUGCGCGUUGUUUGGUUCGAUUCCGAAGGAUAUAUGUGAUUCGGGAAAUUUGGAUGUUCUUCAGUUGGAUGGAAAUUCAUUGAAGGGGCCUAUUCCAGAAGAUAUUGGAAAUUGUUCAUCUCUUUACUUGUUGAGUUUGUCAUUCAAUAAUUUGACAGGUUCAAUCCCGAAGUCGAUGUCAAAUCUAAACAAGCUCAAAAUCCUCAACUUGGAAUUCAAUGAACUUAAUGGUGAGCUGCCAAUGGAGCUAGGAAAGCUUCAAAAUCUUCUUGCUGUGAACAUAUCACACAACAGCCUCACCGGAAGGCUUCCGGUCGGUAGCAUAUUUCAAAACUUAGACAAAAGUUCUUUGGAAGGAAACUACGGUCUUUGCUCGCCCUUGUUGAAAGGUCCAUGCAAAAUGAAUGUUUCAAAACCUCUAGUUCUUGAUCCACAUGGCUUUGACAACCAAAUGAAUCCUCAAACACCGAGAAACGAAUCGUCUGAGUCAAGUGGUUCAAUUCAUCACCACAGGUUCCUUAGUAUUUCGGCGAUUAUAGCAAUUGCGGCUUCUUUUGUGAUUGUGUUAGGAGUUAUUGCUAUUAGUCUACUUAACGCUUCGGUAAGGAGAAAGCUAGCGUUUGUGGAGAAUAGUUUGGAAAGCAUGUGUUCGAGUUCUUCAAAAUCGGGAGCACCGGCCACAGGUAAACUCGUUCUUUUUGAUUCACAAUCCUCGCAAGAUUGGAUCAGUAAUCCGGAAAACUUGCUCAGCAAGGCAUCUGAGAUUGGUGAAGGAGUUUUCGGAACGGUUUACAAAAUUCCAUUAGGAUCGCAACAAGGAAGAAAUGUCGCAAUCAAGAAGCUCGUCACGUCAAACAUAAUCCAAUUUCCAGAAGACUUUGACAGGGAAGUUAGAAUUCUAGGCAAAGCCAGACACCCGAAUUUGAUAGCGUUGAAAGGAUACUAUUGGACUCCUCAACUUCAACUUCUAGUAUCCGAAUUCGCACCGAAUGGUAACUUGCAAUCCAAGUUACACGAAAAGCUUCCUUCAAGUCCUUCACUUUCAUGGCCUAACAGAUUCAAGAUUUUGCUCGGAACAGCGAAGGGACUCGCACAUUUGCACCAUUCAUUCAGGCCACCAAUCAUUCACUACAACAUAAAACCAAGCAACAUCUUACUCGACGAAAACUUCAACGCAAAGAUAUCCGAUUUCGGGUUAGCCAGGCUUUUGACAAAGCUAGACAAGCAUGUGAUGAGCAACAGGUUUCAAAGUGCGUUAGGUUAUGUCGCACCCGAAUUAGCCUGUCAGAGCUUAAGGGUCAAUGAGAAAUGCGACGUGUAUGGUUUUGGCGUGAUGAUACUCGAGUUAGUGACGGGUAGGAGGCCGGUGGAGUACGGCGAAGAUAAUGUGUUGAUAUUGAAUGAUCAUGUGAGGGAUUUGCUUGAACAUGGUAAUGUUUUGGAGUGUGUGGAUCCGAGUAUGAUGAAUGAAUAUCCUGAGGAUGAGGUUUUGCCUGUUUUGAAGCUCGCAAUGGUGUGUACUUCUCAAAUACCGUCUAGCCGGCCUACUAUGGCCGAAAUUGUGCAAAUAUUGCAGGUCAUUAAAACUCCGGUUCCUCAAAGGAUGGAAGUGUUUUAA